UUAAAGGUCUAGAAAAGCAAAAGAAGUAGACCGAACAUGCCCAACCUAUUUUUGAUUUUUUUGACACCCGCCUAAUAAAGAGGGAGUCGAUUUUUUUUCGUAGUAAAUUGUUUUUUUUUUCUUAAAAAUGACCAGGGCGAACAUAGAGCUAGGCAACGUUACGCCGCACAACAUAAAACAGCUAAAGAAAUUGAACAGCGUCGUGUUUCCUGUUUCUUACAACGACAAAUUUUACAAAGAUGUCCUCGAAGCGGGCGAGUUGGCCAAGCUUGCGUAUUACAACGACAUAGUCGUGGGAGCUGUGUGUUGUCGAAUAGACAAUUCGGAAAAAUCGCGGAGGUUGUAUAUUAUGACGCUUGGAUGUUUGUAUCCAUAUCGCAGGCUCGGCAUUGGCACACUCAUGGUGCAGCACGUCCUGAACUUCGUCGAGCAGGACGGUAAUUUCGAUAGUAUAUUUCUGCACGUGCAGGUUAAUAACGAAGGUGCUAUAGACUUUUAUAAAAAAUUCGGGUUCGAAAUUGUGGAGACCAAAGAGCACUAUUACAAGAGGAUAGAGCCAGCAGAUGCUCACCUCCUGCAGAAGACUAUCAGAAAGAAUGGUCAAACCAACGGCGAACUUUAAUUAACGGAGAUUUAUGGGUACUGCGUAAACGUGUUCUUAAAUCUUUUUUUUUUUUUAAUUCAUCGCCAUUUUAUUUAUUUGGUCUGAUAUUUCUUUAAGGGCUCGCGUCUGAAUUGUGUAAAUAUACUAAGAAUAAAGGUUUUUAAAAUUGGACCACUUUA